UGGGUGGCAGCAAGAACCUGUCCCCCCCAGCAGUUCAGAGGUUAUUUUGCAGGUUUACGAGAAGGCUGGUAAAGGAAAUCUGUGGAAAAGCGUGUUCUCCCGUUAGUGUCGUCGUUUUCGUGGUGUUGGAACAGCUGUAAAAGGAAAUAGGAUCUGUCGCGGUUCCGUCUUUCACCAAGCACCACUGACCAUCGCUGCGGGCGACCCUCCUCUUCAUGGACGCAAUCAAUAAGUUUUACACGUCCGUGUCACAAACGGUGUCAACCUUAUCAUCGGUGUUCCUGGGCAAUCCACUGACGAAAGAGUAUGAUAUCGCGGAACAUAUUGGAUCGGCGGGAACAGAGUUCAUAUGGAAGAUCUAUACGGGAUGCAAACGAUCGACGAAGGAAGCGGCAGCGAUCUUUGUGUUCGACAAGAAGCAGCUGGAACUGUUUACCAAAGAUGAGCGGGAAGAGAUCUGCGAAAAUGUUCGCCGAGGGGUGGUGCAGCUAACAAAGAUCCGCCACCCGCAGGUGCUAACCGUACAGCACGCGAUGGAAGAGAGUCGGGAUACAAUCGCGUUUGCCACGGAACCCGUCGUUGCCAGUUUGGCAAACCUGCUCGGCAACACAACGAACGUGGCAAACACGGGCCUGCUGGCGGAGUACAAGCUGUCCGAGUUCGAGACCCGCUUCGGGGUGUUUGAGCUACUGAAGGGUGUACGCUUUUUGCACGAUGAGGCACAGCUCAUUCACCGGAACAUCUGCACGGAAAACAUCAUCGUCAAUCGGCAGGGAGUGUGGAAGUUGUUUGGUUUCGGUUACUGCUGGAGCAAACGGCCACCAGCAGUUCCGGUCACGAAUCAUCACUUUAAACAGCGACUGUUGGGCAAUCCGGCAUCGCGGUGGACGGCUCCGGAACUGGUGCUAGAAAAUAGUUGCAACGAAGCGACAGAUAUUUAUUCUUUAGGUAUCCUUAUAUACACGAUACACAGUCGUGAGAACAUUCCAACGCAAGACGCAUCCUCAGAUCUGUAUGGUUAUAAGCAGUCGGUAACUAAGUUAAGCAAUCAGGGUCCGCCCCGAAUCACGGCAGUUCCGGAGCCACUACGGGCGGAGGUGAAAAAGAUGCUUAGCGUAAACCCACAAACACGCCCGACUAUCCCGUCAUUACUUCAGAUUUCGUAUUUCUGCGACACAUACGUACAGUGUCUGGAUAGUCUGGAAACGCUGUUCCCGAAGGAUAAUCUGGAAAAGUCGGAAUUCUACAAGCGGCUCGCUCAAAUCAUCGGUGACUUUCCCCAUCGAGUGCGGCUGUAUCGUGUUCUUCCCUCACUGGUGAAGGAGUUUGUCAACUGCUCGAUGAUACCGUUCGUCCUAACGAACAUUCUUACCAUCACCGGUAGCUGUACUCGGGCGGAGUACAUGCAGAACAUCAGUACGCACCUACGGCCCGUCAUGCUUCUCGACGAGCCGGUUCAAAUAAUGCUUAUUUUCUUCCAAAACUUGGACGUCCUGCUGAAGGUGUGUCCACCGGAGGAAAUACGGGUCAGCAUACUGCCGCUAGUGUACAAGGCACUCGAAUCGAAGGCGCAACAAAUUCAAGAGCUAUGCCUGUCCAUUAUUCCAUCAGUCAUAGUUCAUUUGGACAAGACAACGAUCAAGGGAGGGCUAGUGCCGCGUAUCAAAACGCUCUGCUCUGGUACCAAUCUGGUGUCAGUGCGCGUGAAAUGCCUCCUUUGUCUCGGGCAGCUUGCGCCGAAGAUCGAGAAAUGGGUCAUGAUCGACGAUAUCGUUUCAUAUCUCCCGUCCGUGAACUGCCGUGAACCGGCCGUUAUUAUGGCAAUCGUAGGUGUGUAUAAGGUAGCGUUUACUACGGAAGGUAUCGGUAUUCCGAAGGAUGUGCUUGCCUGCAAGGUUCUGCCGCACCUUUUCCCAAUGACGAUUGUGAAUGGGCUCACGGUGCAACAGUUUCAGGCCAUAAUUUCGCUGAUCAAGGAGUUUACGCGUAAGAUUGAAGAUGAACAGGGAGAGAAGCUGGGCGGAAAGUUGCCUAUCUCCGCCAGUAGUAGUAGUUUGGGGGAAAAACAAAACAAUGGCAACGAUUUACAACACUCUUUUGGGCGAUUGGAGCUUACUGCAGCGGCUUCUGAUCCUUACGGUGAUUUCAUGCAAUCCUCGUCGACUUCUAAGCCCACCAUCAGUUCUCCUCUGCAACCAUCCAUACAAUCCUCCAGCACCCUCAACUGGAAUGUUCCUCCGGUAUCGACGACGACAAAAGAAAGCAGCAACAAAUACAACAGCAUGCUCACGCAACAACAAUCUACACUUUCGAUGCCAAGUUCUGGAAAAAUUGAUCGACCAACAGCGUUCAGUGCGCAAACGAAUACGGCGACCUUUCCAAUGGCUGGUACUGGAAUGGGAUCAGCGAUGGUUCCCCACAAUUGGAUGACGGGUAACGGACCACCGCUCAUGUCUUCGGGGGUGACCUCACCGGUAUUGAAGGCUCCAGAUGCAACCUCGCCGUAUGGUCAACUGCAACCGCUCAUUCCAAUGCCAACUAAAACCAAUCAGAAUUCGGGCAAAUCCAGCGUCACGAGCCCUAUGCUUUCAAAGGAGGAUAUAAUGGAGUUUCUGCAGAAAUAAGAUCACUCGAAGGAAGGAAUGGCUAUGCUUAAUUAUGUUAUUGUGAUGUUUGGUUUGUCAGCAAUUCCGCUUAAUCUUCGUCUACACAGCACUUCCAACCGGUUUGUUCGUUGUUCGGACGAAAAAUAGUCAAUAAAUUAAAACAAACGAACAAUUGAACACUAGACAUGUUCUGGAAGAAAUA